AUGUACGAUAUCGAGACCAUCGCUAAGACACCUAUCAACGAUAUUAUUGAUCCGGAAAUCGUCAAAGAUAUCAUUACCAACCCACCUUUUGUCGUAGUGGACGGCGUGGUCAAUACCCGCGACCUGGGGGGACUGUCCAUCACGUCGCCUCCCACAGAUCGACUUCUCGAGCUGUCAAAGAGCGGCUCAAGGCUUGUCGUGCGCAGUGGGAAACUGUUCCGAUCUGCAGGACUCAACGCCAUCCGUCCAAAGGGCAUCAAGACACUCAACGAGCUCAACAUUGGCACCGUCUUUGAUUUGCGUAGUAUUGCCGAAGUGCGAGAGUAUGCUGGCCUCCCUGAGGUUGAUUCUCCCGAUCCACGCGAAGGACUGCCCCUAUUCCUUGAGGAGCCAGAAAAUGGAGGCAUCCAGGUAACUCAUGUCCCUCUCGUAGAUAUUGUUCGCCUGGGCCGCGAGGAAAAGAUGGCCAUAUUGCUUAAAUACGGCGAAGGAGAGGGAGCAUAUGCUAGAGCAUACGAGGAGAUCCUCACCGACGGCAAGAAGAGCUUUGGGUCCAUCCUGAGAUACAUUGCAGACCAGGCAAAGGGACAAGAAGGAAAGGCAUGUCUCUGGAAUUGCCAUGUUGGGAAGGACAGGACAGGAGUUUUUUCUGCGCUUAUGCUGAGUCUGUUGGGCGUGUCUGACGAGGAUAUUGCACGCGACUACUCCCUUACACGCAUUGGAUUGGAGCCCAUCCGAGGUAUUCUCGUUGAACAAUUCAAGGGCUUCAUGACGGCGCAUCCAAAGGCUGCAGCUUCACUCGCCUCCUCCGAUACAUCAUCUAUGCACGAGUUUCUUCACCUCUUGCGAACAAAAUAUGGUGGUUCUCGUGCAUAUUUUGUCAAACAGGUUGGAUUCACAGAUGGAGAGUUGGACAUGAUUUGCGAGCAGCUCAUCAGCCCAGAUAUUGGCCAAGAAGAGUUUAUGGAUCUCGAGCAAAGCUACCUCGUCGCACUCGACACCGUCGUCACCGACAAUAUGCUUUCCACACAUCCAUUCGUCAAGAUGGAUGGUGUUGCCAAUUUUCGUGACCUCGGGCUCCUGCCAUCGACUUGUUCACUGCCAGAACGGCCCUCUUCGUCCCGGAUAGGUGCUCUGCUCUCCUACAUCUCUCGUCAGCUCAUCCCGUCCUCAGCCCCAUCACGAGAUCAGAUCAAAUACCAGACACGUCCCAAUCGAGUCUAUCGCUCUGCACAACUCUCGCAUAUACGACCACCCGGGCUUUCUACCCUUCUCUCAUCCUCAUUGAGGAUUCGUGCAGUCUUUGACCUCCGCUCGACACACGAGAUGAAGGAAUACCACGCCCCACUCCUUUCACACACACAUCCGACUCUCUUGUCUCAAGGUGUCCAAGUGUAUCACGUCCCUGUCGUUGAAGACGAUCACUUUGGAGAAAAGGUGUCGAAGAAGAGAGAAGAACUCUUCGAAAGAGGCGGCGACGAUGGAUUGCUGGACGAGUACCAAGUCUUUCUGGAACGAGGAGGUGAAGCAUUUGGCAGAGUAUUCAAGUGGUUGAGGGACCACCCCGACGACGCAUGUGUCAUCCAUUGUGCUCUUGGCAAGGACAGAACAGGACUUCUUUCGGCGUUGGUUUUGAUGGUUGCUGGUGUUACCGAGGAUGCUAUUUGCAGAGACUAUGCGCUAUCGCGAGUAGGUCUCGAACCAGCUCGCCCAUUUAUUCUCCCCCAUAUCAAGGAGACGCCCGAAGCUACUCCAAAGGCACUCUACCAUGCAGAAAACGUUGGCCUUUAUUCGUACGCGAUUGUGCUAUAA